AUGGCGGGGGAGCUGGGGCAGCAGACGGUGGAGCUAGGGUCGGUGGUGCGGCGGGCGGCGGAGGAUUCCUAUCUGGCGCUGCGGGAGCUCGUGGAGAAGUCGCGGGUCGAGGCCGAGGGGAAGAACGGGCAGCAGAGGUCCGACACCGAGAAGAAGAUCGACCUGCUCAAGUUCAUCGACCGCACCCGCCAGCGCAUGCUCCGGCUCCAUGUGCUCGCCAAGUGGUGCCAGCAGGUUCCUUUGGUUCAUUAUUGCCAGCAACUUGCAUCAACCCUCUCUAGCCAUGAGACAUGCUUCACCCAAACAGCCGACUCACUGUUCUUUAUGCAUGAAGGGUUGCAACAGGCUCGUGCUCCCAUUUUUGAUGUUCCAUCUGCUAUAGAAGUCCUACACUCAGGGAGUUAUAGGAGAUUGCCAAAAUGUGUAGAGGAAAUCGGUACUCAGAACACACUAUUUCAAGAUGAGCAAAAGCCCACUUUAAAGAAAUUAAACACCCUUGUGCGGACUAAGUUACUCGAAACAUCACUUCCCAAGGAAAUAUCCGAGGUUUCAGUGACUGAUGGAAUAGCCAAUGUUCAGGUGGAUGGAGAAUUUAAAGUUCUUAUUACAUUAGGUUACCGCGGGCAUUUCUCACUAUGGAGGAUUUUGCACAUGGAGUUACUUGUUGGUGAGAAAACUGGGCCUAUUAAGCUGGAAGAGACGAGGAGAUAUGCUCUUGGUGAUGAUAUUGAACGGAGGAUGGCAGUGGCUGACAACCCCUUCAUGAUUUUGUAUACAAUACUCCAUGAAUUAUGUAUUUCACUUGUUAUGGAUACUGUAAUUAGACAGACAAAUGCUCUACGACAGGGCAGGUGGAAAGAUGCGAUAAAAUCUGAACUUAUCUCAGAUAUCCAUAGUGGCGGAGGACAAGGUGGAAAUAGUGCUCUAAUGCAGCUUGGUCAAGAAGGGGAGCUUGAUUCAAGUGGUUCUAGGAUACCUGGUUUGAAAAUUAACUACUGGCUAGAGGAGAAAACCAAUGCUUCAGCUGAAUUGGAUUCAUCUCCAUUUAUUAAAAUUGAGGCAGGGCAAUAUAUGCAGAUAAAGUGUCAGCACAGCUCUUUUGUAUUGGAUCCAUUUACAGAUAAAGAAGCUGAUCUUUCUAUUGAUCUGAGUUGCAUUGAUGUUGAAGCUGUAAUUUUGAAAGCGAUUGCUUGCAAUAGGCACACACGUCUUCUGGAAAUUCAAAGGGAACUGAUUAAAAAUGUUCAGAUGUCUCAAUCACGAACUGAGGUUAUCCUGAAGCAAGAAGUUCAUGGAGUGGGCUUUCAGAAGAAAGCACAUAGAAGCGACUCCGAUGAUUGUUGUACAAAUGAGAUGCUUCAGGUUAGGGCAUAUGGACAAUCAUAUAUUCACCUUGGAAUAAAUAUCAGGAAUGGUCGAUUUCUCCUCCAAUCACCAGGGAAUAUAUUGCCACCUUCAGCAGUAUUAGAAUCAGAGGAAGCUCUCAACAAGGGGAGUACAACAGCAACAGAUGUUUUUGUGAGUUUGAGGACCAGAAGCAUCCUCCACUUAUUUGCUGCUACUGGAAGUUCUUUGGGCCUAAAGGUUUACUCUCAGUCUCAAGUUACUCUGAAGAUUCCAAAGUCAAUACUAUAUGGCUCAGAUUUUAUGGUUAUGGGAUUUCCUCAAUGUGCAAAUGCCUAUUAUCUUUUGAUGCAACUUAAUAACAGCUUCCAGCCUGUUUUUCAUUUGCUUGAGAUACAGAGUACUAAAGGUGACAAGAAUAAUGCUGAUGCAAGUACUGAUGCUAAAGAAGUUAUAAGGUUUAUCAGGAUUGACAUUAACAAAUUAAAAGUAGAUGAAGAUUUGCAAAUCGGCAGUCUUUUUGAUAAAGAUAAGUUACUGGCGCUACCAAAUGUGGAAGAUAGACCUCAAAGACUAAGUGGACCUGAUGAGCUUCUUCCUGCACGGCCUUCAUUUUCUUCUGUUGUUGAUGAAGUAUUUGGAUUUGACACAGGCUCUCCAAAAACAGAAAAUCAGCGUCUUCCAUCCUAUAAUUUACCAUCUAGUCAUUCUAGUUAUCAAGUUGGUCUUCAUGGGGCUAAUGGUGGAGCUGGCUCACCUGUUAAGGAUUAUGGGUCACUACAAUCUAACAUUAACUCUGCAAAAGUUACUUCUAGUAUCAGUCUAAACAAUUAUCUGCUGAGUAAUUCAAAGCAGGCACAAAGUACAACUGCCUUAUUUGGUUCAGUUCCUGCAGGUUCAGGGAAUAUCUCCAGUUCACGCCCUGAAGGUGCAUCUAUAAAACGUUCUCUUUCAGAGUUCUUGCGGAAUAUCCCACCACUAAAGCAAUCUGAUGGUCCAAGUAAGCGAAGAAACAUGCCAGAAUCUAUGCUGGAUGGUCUUCCUUUAAAGGCUCAUUCACCCAACAUGCAACCUGGAACAACCCUCACCUAUGGAAAAUUACUUGAAGAAGUAAAUAGUUGCAUUACAGCAAAUAUUUAUUCCUCUGUGCUUCUUCAUGUCAUAAAGCACUGUUCAAUUUGCAUCAAAUAUGCUCAGUUGACUGCUCAGAUGGAUUCUCUGAAUAUUCCACAUGUAGAAGAAGCGGGCCUGCGGACACCAUCCUCUAAUAUUUGGUUGCGCUUACCUUUUGCUCAUGAUGCUUCCUGGAAACAUAUUUGCUUACGCCUUGGUAAAGCUGGAAGCAUGUCUUGGGACGUUCGGAUCAAUGAUCCACAUUAUGGUGCACUGUGGAAACUCCAUGGAGGUAGCACUAGUACAGAAUGGGGUUCUGGCGUUCGUGUUGCAAACACUUCUGAGGUGGAUUCACAUAUUUCUUUUGAUGAUGAUGGGGUCCUUUUGACUUACAACACUGUUGAGGCUGAUAGUGUACAGAGGCUUGUCUCAGACUUACAACGUCUUUCAAAUGCUCGUGCAUUUUCUUGUGGAAUGCGGAGAUUGAUCGGUGUCAAAUUAGAUGACGAGCUAGUUGAGAAUCAGGCAGCUGCAGAGAAAAAACUGCAGUCCAGAAGAAAUGCUUGCAGGGACAGGUUAUCUGAACAGAUGAGAAAAACUUUUAGAAUUGAGGCUGUUGGUUUGAUGAGCUUGUGGUUCAGCUAUGGUGUUGUGCCUAUGGUUUAUUUUGUUGUUGAAUGGGAGGCUGGUAAGAGUGGGUGCACAAUGCGUGUUUCUCCAGAUCAGCUAUGGCCACACACAAAGUUUUUCGAGGAUUUUGUGAACGGGGAUGAGGUAGCAUCUUUCUUGGAUUGCAUCAGGCUCACAGCAGGACCGUUACUUGCCCUUGGCGGCGCUAUUCGUCCUGCAAAGAUGCCUGUAACUGUUCCUGCUGUUUACAGUGUUGUACCAAAGCAAAACAACAUUCUUUCAACAGUGGGAUCUGCAAACAGUUCAUUGCCAAGUUCUGUGCACAAUAUGUCUGUCCCACAGGGUGCUGCAGUAGCACACGCAAACAGUCAUCUUCAGACUUCUUCCAUGCUAUCUGCUGCAGGACGAACUGCUCCUGGACUAGUUCCUAGCUCCUUGCUGCCUUUCGAUGUUUCUGUUGUGCUCCGUGGGCCAUACUGGAUACGUAUUAUAUACCGUAAGAAGUUCUCUGUUGACAUGCGCUGCUUUGCUGGGGAUCAGGUCUGGCUUCAGCCAGCAACACCUCCCAAAGGUGGACCUUCAGUUGGUGGAUCAUUACCUUGCCCACAAUUUCGACCUUUCAUAAUGGAGCAUGUUGCACAGGGUUUAAAUGCUCUUGAACCAAAUCUUUUGAGUGCUAGACAUACUGGUCCACAGUUGAAUGCCAGUGCCAGUACUGUUUCUGGAAGUCAACAAUUAACUCCUACUCCGAACCGCUUUGGUGGUGCUCCUGGGGUAGCUAGGCCAACUUCAAGUGUUGGUAACCAGGUAGCAACUAGCUUGAGUCGUGCAGGCAAUGCCAUGAUGGCUUCAGGAUUUCCUUCAGGAAUUGCUGGAUCUCCUGCACACCUUUCUCCUGCAAAUAAUAUUCCUGCUUAUAUGAAAGGAGAGUUGAACACAGCUUUUAUUGGGCUUGGGGAUGACGGUGGCUAUGGUGGUGGCUGGGUUCCUCUUGCUGCUCUUAAGAAGGUUUUGCGAGGCAUCCUUAAGUACCUUGGAGUUCUAUGGCUGUUUGCGCAGUUGCCUGAUCUUCUGAAGGAAAUACUGGGUUCAAUUUUGAAAGAUAAUGAGGGUGCACUCCUAAAUUUAGAUCAUGAGCAACCGGCAUUGCGCUUCUUUGUGGGUGGUUAUGUAUUUGCUGUUAGUGUUCAUAGAGUUCAACUUUUGCUUCAAGUUCUUAAUGUGAAACGGUUUCACCACCAGCAGCAACAACAACAACAGCAACAGCAAGCUCCUCAGAGUAAUAAUGGUCAGGAGGAGCUAACAGCAUCUGAGAUAAGUGAGAUCUGUGACUAUUUCAGCAGACGUGUUGCCUCUGAACCCUAUGAUGCUUCUAGGGUUGCAUCUUUUAUCACUUUGCUUACAUUGCCUAUUUCAGUUCUUCGAGAAUUUAUAAAGCUAAUUGCAUGGAAGAAAAAUUUGUCCCAAGCUCAUGGAGACAAUGCUACUAGACAGAGGGCACGGAUUGAACUCUGUUUGGAAAAACACCCUAGAUUGGUUUCAGAUGAUUACACUUCAAGCUCUUCAUCAAAGAGCAAUAUUCAUCAUGAUAGAGCCAACAAUUCAGUAGAUUUCGCACUAACUUUUGUACUUGACCACGCUCUUGUACCACAAAUGAGCAUAUCUGGUGGUGCAGCUUGGUUGCCUUAUUGUGUUUCUGUGAGAGUAAGGUACACCUUCGGAGACAAUAGUCACAUUGCAUUCCUUGCAAUGGAUGGGAGCCAUAGUGGCAGGGCUUGUUGGUUACAACACGAGGAUUGGGAGAGGUGUAAACAGAGGGUUUCUAGAGCAGUGGAGACUAUGAAUGGGUCCGCAGCAGUUGGGGAUAUGAGCCAGGGUAGGCUAAGGAUGGUUGCUGAGAUGGUUCAAAAGCAACUGCAACUCAGCCUAGUGCAGCUUAGAGAUGGCCCUGGCUCCGCUGCAUCAUGAAACACAUAUCUUAGAUACUUGCAGUGAUAACAUUGGUAAAUGUCAGCAAGGUCUAUACUUUGGAAAACAUGGUCAUGCCAAACUUGGUGUUCACUACCAAACAGAUGCAAACAUGUCUAUAUUUCAAGGCAGUGUCAGACAGUGAAUUUUUUCAGCCAAUGUCCACAAUUGGUCAAGUUACAAUUUUAUAGGCAGAGGCGAAUGCCUCAUAAUUUUGUACAGUAAUAUUGGUAACUAGGUGUGCUGCUGACCUCAGUCUGCUGAGCAUCCUCGAAAACCAUGGUAGAGCAUGAUUUAAGUAUCUCAGGACUCAGUAGUGGUCAUGACAGGGUAGGCAGCACAACGUUGCAGCGCGUGGCUAACUGGGGCAUCUGUUUUAGGGGAUAUCAUCGACAAGCACCUGAACUGGGAGUUGCUUGGUUGGGUGACUUUGGAACUUAACCUUCUCUAUAUUGUCUUUUUGCAGAAAGGAACUCAAAUACAUCACUUAUAUGUUUAUAUCUGAGCUCCCCCACCUCAUAGUGAUAUUUUAAAACGCAGCCAGUAAAAGGCCGCAACAAUUUUGGGCAUCGCAUGCUAUUUUGGGCAUCGUCAUGGGAGCUAAUCAAACGGACGGUGAACGAAUUACGGUUGAUUUUGAGAAAUUGUAGAGAGAGAUAAAAGCUUUGUAAUAUGAAAUCUGGUGCUUGUGGAUUUGGAUUUAAAGGGGGUAACAGACCCAAAUAGCCAGUAAAUACUUGUGCUGCGGAAUAGUUAUGAUUAUACUCGUAAUGUACUUAUGCAGAAGUGUAUGCAUAUUAGGACCAUUUACCAAUAUAGCAUUAGUCUAAAAGAUAUCUGGGAAAAUAGCAUACCGUCUGUAAAAUUGAGAAACUGUAGUUACUUAGAAUUAUCUUACAUCCGUCAAAGUGACUACCAUUUUCUCGUAGUUUCACAAGAUUGUUUAUUUCCUCACAAGUGAAUUGCUUUGAUGGUGUAGGAACUUAUGUGAUCAUUUUUUCUUCAAUUAGAUCGUUUUGGCUGGGGUUAGUACCUAUGCUACAAAGCGGGUGGUUGUAUUGAAGCAAGCGAACACUCAGUGCAGGUCCCCUCUUUUUUUUGCACUUCUUUGUGCCUGUACACUUCUAUAACAUAAAU